CUGCCCAGUGGCCUUAGGUUCAUACACCUACACCUUGUCCCACACCACUGCCACGCACUCCCUCCCGCCCUCAGUAUGUCAAACCUCUCCGUCCCCGUAAUCCGCACCGUAGCAUUCAAGUUCCUCCCGGAAGUCACCGCCGCCCAGAAGGCCGACCGCACGCGUGCCAUCUUGGCCUUGUACGAGGAAUGCCGCCAUCUUGUCCUCGAGCUGCCGAGAGGUGGGAAAAUGGUGGACAUCGCGAAGGGGUUGACAGGGCUGGAGAAUGGGGGAGCAGGUUGGGAUUUUGGCUUCGUUACGAGGUUCAAGAGUCAAGAGACUAGGAAGAUAUUCGAUGAGCAUCCGGGCCAUCAGAGGUUGAAGGAGCAAACGGACCCCUUGCUGGAGAAAUUGUUUGUAUUCGAUGUUGCGGAAGAGGAAGGGUUGGGAUGGACUUGA